CUCGGGCCCGGCUUUCGGUUAUAAGAUGGCGGCGCUGAGCGGCGGCGGCGGCGCGGAGCAGGGCCAGGCUCUGUUCAACGGGGACAUGGAAGCCGAGGCCGGCGCCGCGGCCUCUUCGGCUGCGGACCCCGCCAUUCCUGAGGAGGUGUGGAAUAUCAAACAAAUGAUUAAGUUGACACAAGAACAUAUAGAGGCCCUGUUGGACAAAUUUGGUGGGGAGCAUAAUCCACCGUCAAUAUACCUGGAGGCCUAUGAAGAAUACACCAGCAAGCUAGAUGCCCUCCAACAAAGAGAACAACAGUUAUUGGAAUCCCUGGGAAACGGAACUGAUUUUUCUGUUUCUAGCUCUGCAUCAAUGGACACUGUUACAUCUUCUUCUUCUUCUAGCCUUUCAGUGCUACCUUCAUCUCUUUCAGUUUUUCAAAAUCCCACAGAUGUAUCUCGGAGCAACCCCAAGUCACCACAAAAACCUAUUGUUAGAGUCUUCCUGCCCAACAAACAGAGGACAGUGGUACCUGCAAGAUGUGGAGUUACAGUCCGAGACAGCCUAAAGAAAGCACUCAUGAUGAGAGGUCUUAUCCCAGAGUGCUGUGCUGUUUACAGAAUUCAGGAUGGGUAUGGUUUAGAGAAGAAGCCUAUUGGUUGGGAUACUGAUAUUUCAUGGCUUACUGGGGAGGAGUUGCAUGUAGAAGUGUUGGAGAAUGUUCCACUCACAACACACAACUUUGUACGGAAAACUUUUUUCACCUUAGCUUUUUGUGACUUUUGUCGAAAGCUGCUUUUCCAAGGUUUCCGCUGUCAAACAUGUGGUUAUAAAUUUCACCAGCGUUGUAGUACAGAAGUUCCACUGAUGUGUGUUAAUUAUGACCAACUUGAUUUGCUGUUUGUCUCCAAGUUCUUUGAACAUCACCCAAUACCACAGGAGGAGGCCUCCUUAACAGAGACUGUCCUUACAUCUGGAUCAUCCCCUUCUGCACCCACCUCAGAUUCUAUUGGGCCCCAAAUUCUCACCAGUCCAUCUCCUUCAAAAUCCAUUCCAAUUCCACAGCCCUUCCGACCAGCAGAUGAAGAUCAUAGAAAUCAGUUUGGGCAACGGGACCGGUCCUCAUCAGCUCCUAAUGUGCAUAUAAACACAAUAGAACCUGUCAAUAUUGAUGAUUUGAUUAGAGAUCAAGGGUUUCGUGGUGAUGGAGGGUCAACCACAGGUUUGUCUGCCACCCCACCUGCCUCAUUACCUGGCUCACUGACAAAUGUGAAAGCCUUACAGAAAUCUCCAGGACCUCAGCGGGAGCGGAAGUCAUCUUCAUCCUCAGAAGACCGAAAUCGAAUGAAAACACUUGGUAGACGAGAUUCAAGUGAUGACUGGGAAAUUCCUGAUGGACAGAUUACAGUGGGACAAAGAAUUGGAUCUGGAUCGUUUGGGACAGUCUUCAAGGGAAAGUGGCAUGGUGAUGUAGCAGUGAAAAUGUUGAAUGUGACAGCACCUACACCUCAACAGUUACAGGCCUUCAAAAAUGAAGUAGGAGUACUCAGGAAAACACGACAUGUAAACAUCCUACUCUUCAUGGGCUAUUCCACAAAGCCACAGCUGGCUAUUGUUACCCAGUGGUGCGAGGGCUCCAGCUUAUAUCACCACCUGCACAUCAUUGAGACCAAAUUUGAGAUGAUCAAACUUAUAGAUAUUGCACGGCAGACUGCACAGGGCAUGGAUUAUUUACACGCCAAGUCAAUCAUCCACAGAGACCUCAAGAGUAAUAAUAUAUUUCUUCAUGAAGACCUCACGGUAAAAAUAGGUGAUUUUGGUCUAGCCACAGUGAAAUCUCGAUGGAGUGGGUCCCAUCAGUUUGAACAGUUGUCUGGAUCUAUUUUGUGGAUGGCACCAGAAGUAAUCAGAAUGCAAGAUAAAAACCCAUACAGCUUUCAGUCAGAUGUGUAUGCAUUUGGAAUUGUUUUGUAUGAAUUGAUGACUGGCCAGUUACCUUAUUCAAAUAUCAACAACAGGGACCAGAUAAUUUUUAUGGUGGGACGAGGAUACCUGUCUCCAGAUCUCAGUAAAGUGCGGAGCAACUGUCCGAAAGCCAUGAAGAGAUUAAUGGCAGAGUGCCUCAAAAAGAAGAGAGAUGAGAGACCGCUCUUUCCCCAAAUUCUCGCCUCUAUUGAGCUGUUGGCCCGCUCAUUGCCAAAAAUUCACCGUAGUGCAUCAGAACCCUCCUUGAACCGGGCUGGUUUUCAGACAGAGGAUUUUAGUCUAUAUGCUUGUGCUUCUCCAAAAACACCCAUUCAGGCAGGGGGCUAUGGAGAAUUUGCAGCCUUCAAGUAGCCACACCACCAUGGCCGCAUCUACUCUUUAUUUCUUUAAGUCUUGUAUUCCUACAGUUUGUUAACAUCAAAACACGAUUCUGUGCUGCAAUCCUUUUUUUUUUUUUUAAGAUACAAAAUUUUCAAUGCAUAAACUGGUGUGGAACAGAGUGGAAUCUCUUACUCAACAAAAGAGGGAAGAGUGCUUUAGGAGCCAGAAUUCUCUGCUGCCAGUGUUUCUUCUUCAACACAAACACCACGUGCAUACAAGUCUACCCACUCCUGGAAGAAAAAGGAGAGACCCUGAGUUCUGACCUUUUGAUGGUCAGGCAUGAUGGAAAGAAACUGCUGCUACAGCUUGGGAAAUUUGCUAUAGAAAGCCUGCCAGUCAACUUUGCCCUUCUAACCACCAGAUCAAUUUGUGGCUGGUCAUCUGAUGGGCGGUUUCAAUCACCAAGCAUCAUUCUCUUUCCUGUUCUGGGAUUUUGUUGUGGAGCUCUUUCCCCUAGCCACCACCAAUUAAUUUCUGAGGGAUGGAACAGAAAUGCAGCAUACCUUUUCUGGGUGGCACAUGUUCAGUCCUUGACAAAUCUGAUCACAAGUGAAGCUGUCUUGUUUAACUGGAGGUGGAGAGGUGAGGAAGAGCUGCAUUUGGGGGGCAGAGGAAAAGGGAAUGCUGCAUCUUCUUCCUGACCUCCAUUUCUUGGCCUCUGGUUGCCUGGCUCACUGGGGCUGUGCCUAACCAUGCAAGUUGGACAGUGCUGGCACACAUCGCCUUCUUUUCUCAUUGGGUCCAGCAAUGGAGAUGAGGGCUGGGGACUUGGUUCCUCCACAAUGUAGCAAAUUCUCAGGAAAUACAGUCCAUAUCUUCCUCUAAGCUCUUCCAGUCACCAAGUACUUAUAUGGCUGUUAUGUCCAAGGCAAACACGCCCUGGGCAUAUCUAACCAAAAGCCUGCAAAACUGCUGACUAACAGUUUUGAAUGUGAGAAAUUUAUGUAAUUGAAGUGUCAGGUACAAGUUUUAAUUUCUGGGUUUCUUUUAUUUUUAUUAAAAAAGAAAAUGAUUUUCAGAUUUAAUUGGAAUAAUACUUCCCACCAGAAUUAUAUAUCCUGAAAAUGGUAUUUUUGUUAUAUAAACUUUUAAAGAAAGACCAUUGCCCUUUUAUCUACCUAAAACAUGGAGAGUCUUAGACAAUUAUUUAUAAUUUUUAAAUUAAUGGUACUUGCUGGGUCCACACUAACAUCUUUGCUAACAGUCUCAUUGUUUCUUCCAACUUACUCAUUCCUACACUACAUUCUGCAACCUCUUUCCAGUCUUUGAUCUAGAAUAUGCAACCUAAAAUAAAAGUGGUGGUAUCUCCAUUCAUUCUCCUCCUUCCUUUCUUCCCAAGCCUGGUCUUCAAAAGGUUGGGUAAUUUGGCAGUUGAAUCCCCCACCUGGGAAAUGCCAGGGCUAUUGGAGCUGAGGGCGAUGUGUGAAAGCAGUUGUUUUUGUAGAAAGAGUUACUGUGAUAUAGGAAAUCUAAAUCUUUCCUAUCCUUGAACAGAUGGAAAAUAUAAACAAGCCCUAGCUUCCCUUGGCCUUCAUGAAUGGGCAAUACAAAUUACCGUGGUAGCAUAGAAAGUGAUGGGAUAAACCAAUGGUAAUUCCCUUAUUGGGAGUUUAGGAUUGAUUGUCAGGCUUUUGGAAUGCAGAUCAUACAAGAUUUACUUAGCCAACUAAGGGAUACCAAAACCUGAAAGAAAUUCUUUUAAGACCAAAAAUAAAUCAGGGAAUUAAAAGUGAUCAUGUAACAUUUUCCUGGUUCCACUAUCUAUAGCUCACCUGUUUACUACUCAUUACCAUUAGACAGAUGAUUUUUGCUUAAAUACUUGGCAUCAGAAGAAGGCCUGCUGCAAAUUUCACAGACUUACACAAGGUUGACCUAGAAAAGUAGGAAAUAUUGUGGGGUAUGAAUCAUUUUGAAGCGUACUAGUAUGUUUUUAAGUUUGAUGUGAGCAGAGCAGUGUCUUAAAUUUUUUUAGAAUUGCCGAGAUGGAAAUAUAUUGUGCUGGUAUGAAAAGAAUCCACUGUGCAUGACGCACCUCUUACUGAAGUAAAAGUCCAAAACAUCUCUGUAGAUGCUACUUAAUAUAGCUGUGUUUCCUUUAGCAAGAUUGGCUUAGAUCUUAAGUCCUGGUUAGAGAAAAACACAGAUAGGUGUUGAAGUCCUGCUCAGGAGGUAGAGCCUGCUGUGCAUGCCACAGUGCGGGCUCCCUCUCUCCAGGGACAGAGCCAGCAAGCUGAGGGAGGACUCUCAAGUUGGAAUUGUCUAAACCAAUGUCUUCCUUUCAUUUUAGAAUGUUUCUCUCUUACUUGUAAAGGGGGAACAGAGGUGAUAUCAAAUGAAAUUUUGUCCCAAAGUUGGGCUCAGAGUAUUGAGGGGUGGUUGUUUUUGUUGUUGUUUUGUUUUUUUAAGGGAAGUUUAAAAAUAAAAACAAUGUUUAAACCUUCCAUCUUAUUCAUCAAAUAGAUAUUUUUUCCUUGAGUUUACAAAUGACAAUAAAAGGAAUAUCCUUUGCUGUAGGUUUUGGUCCUUAGCCUAUAGGAGGUAGACUUGAGCUCCUAAGAGGAGGAAGACGCUCUUGUUUGUGCAGAGCACUUUAUGAGUAAUUGCACCGACAGUGUGUGGCUGCUUCUCCAACCACCUCCUAAGGCUGUCAGUGAAGUGUGUGUGUCAGCAAAGUUGCAGUGCCUUUCAGCAUGUGUUUUGGUUUUGGUUGGGAGAGCGAGGCCCUCUGGAAAGUUCGCGAGCAGCUGUAGAAGACUUUAAAUAUGUAGUAUUCCUGAUUGACUUUCUUUCCUUGAAAUAAUAUGGACCAAAAAAUUUAUGGAAGGGACUUGUGAAUAGGAAAUCUGAGGUUCUCAUUUGUGCUUAUGUACACCUUAAAAGAAGACUCUUAACUAGCUAUCAAAUUGUGGUUCCUGGAUAUCCUGUCCCUGAUUAUAUUUGAGGUCUGGUAGGACACGCCUAGGACAUUCUAGAAGGGAAAACCCCAUGUAAAUCACGUUAUAUUUAUGUCAUUGUUAAAGUGUUUUUGAAAAGACAGGUCAAAACUUUAGCACUGAAGCUCUGUAAAUAUUUCCUCAUUUUUGUUUGGUGCAGUCCCAGCUCUUGUGUCACACAGCGUUGUGUUGUUUUCAUCCAGCGCUGUGCGAGCUAUCGCGAGCCCCUCUUCAAAUCUCAGCUGUCCCCACAGCGCACCACCACCCCGCCUCCCUCAAACAGCAGCUCUAGCUUUACUUUCAAACACUGCGGAGUUCAGGUGACUUCUUCAAAAAACCUACCUCCUCAGAAUGAGGUCAUGAAUAUUUAUUUAAAUUAUGAAAAGCCACGAGCUCUAGAACAUGAAGAUGAUUUAAGAUUUUAACUUUUAUGUGUCCUUGUGUCUGAGCACUCUGAUUUUGUCCUCAAGGGCAUUAUACAUUUAAGCAGUGAUAGUGUUUAAAAAAAAAAAAAUAAAAGCAUUGCUCAAGAGCAUCUGUAUGUUGUUGGAAGUGGUGCCGAAUCUGUUGGGUACAUUUCAGAAUCUUAACCUUAAGUCAGUUUCAUGAAGUUAAGUAGCUAUGGUAUCAUGUCACAGUGACACAGUUUUACUUUUCAGUAACUUGUCAAGGCAGUACAUCUUCAUACUGUGUUAGCCACAGCUUUGUCACAUUCAUAAGAUACUUAUUCAGAGAGACUGCCCAGCUAAGGGGGUAGAAGGAGGCCCUCUUAGACUCCAAGUUGGUGUUGCUUGAGACCAGCAGAUGUCAACCAUUAUGCUAUAAGAAACCACAACCAGAGAUGGAAGGUGAGAAUGAACAGCAACUAACUUGCAAGUUACAGCGAAAAGGUGUAGUUGAGAGUCUAGCAAAAUACCUUGACAAUUUGCCAAAUGAUCUUACUGUGCCUUCAUGAUGCAAUAAAAAAAAAAAGCUAAAAUUUUUAGCAGAAAUCAGUGAUUUAUGAAGAGAGCCACUCUGGUUUAACUCAGCUGUGUUAAUAUUUUUAGAGUGCAAUUUAGACUGCAAAGAUAAAUGCACUAAAGAGUUUAUAGCCAAAACACAUUUUAAAAAUGAGAAAAAAAAAACAAGUAAAUUUUCAGUGAACAAAAUUAUUUUUUUAAAGCAUAUAAUCCCUAGUAUAGUCAGAUAUAUUUAUCACAUAGAGCAACUAGGUUGAAAAUACUGUUCAGUGACAUUUCUAGAGAAACUUUUUCUACUCCCAUAGGUUCUUCAAAGCAUGGAACUUUUAUACAACAAAAAUGUUUGACAGACAUUUUAAGAAACUGCUGUAGUUCAGUGUUGAAGUACCGUAUGCUGGACAGCAAUCCUGUGUGUUGGUUCCGUAUGCUUUCUCACUGAUAGUGAGAAAGGAGAAAAUAAAAUUUGUUUCCAGAGUACUGCUGCCAACCUAGUCACUGAUUUUUCAGAAUUUAAAAUGUAAACUCGCCUCCCCGCGCUUGUUUGCAGUGAUGUUGGACUGUGCUACCAAUUCUGAAUGAUGAAGAGCACAAAGGGCAGUCUCUGGCGUUGUCCUUAGUGAAGGGACUUGGAAUUGUGAGAGACCUAUCCUGUGUGGGUAAAACCAGACACUCCAUGGUGCACUUUUGUGUUGUUUUUUUUUCCUCACCACCCUCCUCUCAGAUACUCAGAUGCAUUACUGAGGCCUGAGAAGGGGCAGUAGCGUCUCUGCCAGCACAGUGAUUUGUAGAUUGGCCAGAGGAGAGUACAGUGGCCAGUGUGUUUGUGGUCUUGUGUUGCUAGCUCUGGAAAAGUUGAAAGUGCUGGUAAUGUGUGUGUUGUUUGUCCUAUAAGAUGUAAGCUUCAUUUUGUUGUUGAAAUUUCAGAUAACUUUUUCUCACUUCUACUUAGGCAAAGACAUUGACAUUGAAAUCAGUUCUAAUUUUUGUCAGUUGUAGAAAAGAUAAUUAAUAGUUCCUACAGGUAUUUUUUGAGAUUGAAUUGGACAGAAUCCCCAAAUCAUUCCUCCUUUCCCCCUUUCUAUGAUGCUGGAGAUUGAACCUAGGACCUCGGCGUGUGUUAGGCCAGGGUUCUGCCACUGAGCCACAUCCCAGUUCAUGAAAUCUUAAGGCAAAAAGGUAAAAACCACAGUGGCCACCUCAAUAAAUUCUAGAUCUUUAUCCACAUUUUAACUUUUUAUUACUAAAUCAGCUUCACGUAACGUUUACUUUCAUUUAGCUGUUUUGACUAAUUGCAAUGAUACAACCAGUUGUCAUGAGGACACAGCCAGUGUGUUUUUUGUGAUGCAUUUUUUUAAAAGAAUUCUGUAGAUUGAAGUACUCUUUAAACAGAAAAUUGGAGUGUGUUUGUGUGUCAGAAAACAAUUUUGUGCAAACCAUUUGCUUCUCAUGGCAGGCUGAGUACAUUAUCCAGCACUCAUAACUGCUGUUUCCCAGGGGAGACGGGCAGGAAAUACUGGAAGAGGUGCAGCAAAGAGAGGGCUGAUUUACAGUGCUGGAACAGGGGUGGGGGAGUGAGUUAAAAGUCUUGUUUUUUGCACUCGCGUUUCAUUAAGCCUUUUGAAUGUUUUGUGUUUGGGUGGGUGUGAGUUACAUAGGAAGAAAUCAAAGACUAACAUAAGCAACAAAGCAAGUAGGCACAAAAAAUGGACCAAAAUAGGGUGGCAAUGAAGUCUGGGGAACAGGGAAAAACUAACGCAGAGGUGCGAAGUGAACUAUAGUUAUCUGAAAUAAAGUUUAAGAGUGCAAUACGUGUGCUUUUUAUUCUAAGCUGUGAACGGUUUAAAAUCAUUCCUUCCUAAUUCAUUUAUGUGUUCCAUAGUUGAUUCAAACCAGCUAUGUAAACAUAAGCCUUUUCACCUUUUCCAACAUAAGUGGCUAACCUUUGUCUUAUUUAUCUUCAUGUUAUAUUAGUUUACAUACCAGGUAUGUGUGUGUUGUGCCCUUUCCCUUCCUUCAUUUGAAAACGCAUUCAUUGGGUCCUCUAUUUCCUUUGGCCAUACCAAAUGAUGUAGUCUUGGUUUGGCCUUCAUGGUAUUGCUUGAUUUGAAGGACUGUGUCACAGUACCUGACCCUUCCCUUUAGCACUUCUGUUUCUAAGAUAGGUCUAAGAUCAGGAGAUUGAUUUUUACCUUCUAUUGUGUGUUUGAAUUGUUCAAAGCUGGACUGCUCCUUGGUUUAUUCCAAGGAAAAGUAAAUCUCCCCUUUUCAUGUACUGCUCAGUCUGAGGACAAGUCUGUAAGGCAGAGGAAAGGGAAAUGCUUUACGUUGGAACUUCAGUGAAUUAUGGGUCCUGUUUUACCACUUCAAACCUAUGGCAGCUCGCAUAUGCAUUCCUUUCUUAACUGCCACAGGUUCGGGUCUAGUUCACUUCAGUUCCACUCAAGCGUAUUCAUGAAAAGGUUCUCAUGAAGUCGGGGGUGGGGGGGAGGGGGUGCCCAGUAAAAACAUGGGGACUUCAUCCCUUGUCCACACACCUCUCUAUACCUGCUUUAUAAAUAUUACAAUGGAGUAACUAUUUUUAAAGCUUAUUUUUCAAAUCA